AUGCAGUUUUCAUUUGCAAACAAUCGAAGGUUUUCAAGCACACCAACUGAAGGGAACGGCAAUGAUUACUCCAAGGGACGAUACACUCUAUGGCCAUGGAUAUUCGCAGUUGCAAGUGGGUCAUUGACAAUCUACGUCAUCAAUUCUAUUGAAGAUGAAAAUCUUUACAAGCGGAUUGUCAAAGAAUUGCGUGCAUCCUCGGGUUUGAAAGCUCUUCGCGCUCUUUUCGUGUUCGCUGGGCGCAGGCCAGAUGAAGUGCGAGAGAAGCUGGCGAGGAAUGGUUGUGUCGAGGCUCUCGUGAACUUGCAGGUACGCACGAGCAACGAUUUACAGGAUUAUGUCUCAAAGCUAGAGAACUUGUAUGCUCUGUCAAUUUCUAGCGGGCAAAUAGACAAUUUUCGCGAUCAAUUCGUGUCUGCCUUCAACAAUCGGGAAUUUAGCUCUCAAAUGCUUGCAGUUGUUAUGGAUUGUGAUCGAGGCAGGGAGAGAUUUUUCGCUUCAGAGAGGUACAUGGAUGUUAUUAACUCGCUCAUCUCAGAUGAGAGCGAAUAUGACUGGGCGGCACUUGCGUUGGAAUAUCGACAGAAUAGGAGUGAAGGAAAACCCUCCAGGGCUCCAUCACAUUUUGCGCGCGGGCAAACGUUUGGAUCCUACGCUGCUGACGACGAGCAGACAGACAUGAACGAUGCUGUUGUACGAGAGACAACUAAGGCUCGGAAUUGGACUCCUUCAGAAGCGAUGUUGGUAGCAAGCAUCGCGACCGAUCCUCGCGGCCAGGAAAUCUUGUGCAAGAGCACAGCUGCUCAAAAGCUCAUGCUCGAUAUCCUAUCAAGAGAUGAAAUCAUUCCAAGAACCCGCCAAGAAAUCUUGGAGUUCCAGAACCAUAACAUCCGCAGACUGGCCAUUAUUCGUGCGAUUGGUGGAAUUGCAAAGCUUCGGAGUGAAGAGUCGACGAAUUUCUUGAAUUCGCCGGAGUUGACGAAGAGUCUUGUCGAUUUGUAUCACAGAAAGAAAGACUCCGAUCCUCUCGCUGCAAGGCUGAUAGUCGAUGUAUCAAGAGAGAUUGCAAAUGCGAUUCCAAGUUUAUCCUACGACGCAACAUUUGAGCCCAUUUUGUCCGAAACCAGAUUUCACAGCAAGAUCACUUCUCAAGACAUUUCAUGGGAUUUUCCGCGGGUCAUGCUGAAUGCAUUAUGGGCGGGAGUUUGCGGAUCGCUAUGGGGAACCCUCCGACACUACAGGAUCAUCAGGCAGAAAACUGUGAUUCCGCUUCCAGGCACUCUCCAGAGAGCAGCGCAAGCCAGCAUUCCUGCAGCUGUCGGGAGCAUGGGGCUCAGCGUUGUAGCGUCCGGCAUUCAAUUUCGGAGGGUUUGUCUUAUCAUCAUUGGUCACGAGGCCUUUCUUGCUGAACAGGUCAGAGCAUUCCCAUGA